AUGCAUCAACAAAACCCCUCCGGUGGGUUCACAAGCGCUGCGCACCACGCUUUGGGUUUUCAAGAUCAUGUUGGUGUUGGAGGCGGUGAUGCAAUGAGCCACGACGAAAACGAUGAUGCCGACAACGAGUACUGGAAAGAGCAGCAAGAGAAAGCCAUCGAGUUUAGAGAACUGUCUGGACCCAAUUCGCGAGCUCGACAAGUUGCGCAGACCGCCAGAGGCAUCAGCUUCAUCGGCGCAGAUGAUAGCAAUACUGAUCGAUCGAAAAAGGCUGGCGCGACCAACGGAUCAAGGUCAGAGUGGGACGAACUGGAUUUGGGUGGUCAGGGUCUGCAGGCACUUUCGCCUAUACUCUUCAACUCGUACGGUUUCAUUCGGCGGCUGGAUUUAGGGUACAACAACCUUGCCGCACUUCCUGCAUCAAUAGGUCAGCUCAAAUCGCUGGAGGUUCUGGACGUCAGCUCAAAUCAACUGAGAGAGCUUCCACCCGAGAUCGGCAUGCUCACCAACAUGAAGCAGCUAUUGCUCUUCCACAAUCGCAUUUCAACCCUGUGUUACGAACUGGGCUACCUCUUCAAACUCGAACUACUUGGCAUAUACGGAAAUCCGAUUGAUAAAGGGCACAAGGAGAAGUUCAUGGAGGGCGGCACAAAAGCUUUGAUCCAUUAUCUGCGGGAGAGCAUGCCUGAUCCCAAUCCACCACAAGAGCGAGUGUGGCACAAGCUCGAUGAGCAGACACCAGAGGAAGGAGCAGACACUGUCAAGGCGUUGUCCUACAACAUUCUUUGCGAACGUUACGCCUCGCCGCAAAUGUAUGGCUAUGUUCCUGAACGUGUACUUUCGUGGGCGUAUAGAAGGAGGUUGAUUCUGGAAGAAAUUGUCGACCAGAAACCCGACGUCGUUUGCCUUCAGGAAUUGGACAGGAACAGCUACGACGACUGGUUCCGUGGCAAGCUCGCGGAAAAUGGCUACAAAGGCUACUUUGCACAGAAAUCGAGAGCAGAAACCCUCGGUGAUAAUGCCAAAUUCGUGGACGGCUGCGGCACGUUCUGGAAGGACAAGAAGUACAUUCAACUUGCGAGUGAGCAUCUGGUGCUCGGCCGGAAAGCUGUUGAGCGACCUGGAGCAAAGGCUUCAGCAGACAUGCUCAACCGGGUGUGGCAACGCGACGACAUAGCCACCGUAGUCUUCCUCGAGAAUCGCGUCACCGGAAGUCGACUCAUCGUGGCCAAUUCUCACAUUUACUGGGACCCAGCAUACAAAGACGUCAAGCUCAUCCAAGCAGCGGUAAUGAUGGAAGAAAUCUCGAAGCUCGCCCAAAAGUACAGUAAAUUCCCAGCAGUGACGAACAAGCAAACCUUCCGCUUCGCCAACGCCGACGACUCACCUGAGGAACCAGCACCUGGACCCAGUCUCGAAUACUCGACUCCGACACAGAUACCCAUGAUUCUAUGCGGCGACUUCAACUCCGACGCCACAUCGGCUGUGUACGACUUAUUCACUCAGAAAGGCUUGAGUGCGAAACACACCGAUUUCGACGGACGCGACUAUGGCUCCUUGAGUCGCUCGGGCAUGACGCACGACUUCACGCUCAAGUCGGCGUACACCGCCAUCGAGGACGAGUGGCCCUUCACGAACUAUGUGCCUCACUUUGUCGGAGUGCUCGACCACAUCUGGUUCAGCACCAACUCGUUACGAGUCACCGGCUUACUGGGUGAGGUCGAUCCAGAGUAUCUGAAGCGAGUGCCGGGCUUCCCGAACUUCCACUUCCCGGCGGAUCACAUCGCACUGGUCGCAGAAUUCAGAGUCGAGAAGCGGAGGAAGGUCGAGGCUAUAGAGGCCGACUUUGGGCCUGGGACGAGCAAGAAGUAG